AUAAUAUUGUCUAAUUCAUUAGUGUACUUUAUCGUGGGUGAUGACUUUUACGCGGUGGCAAAGGAAAAUCCUGAUCUAUUGGCUAGACUUGACACUUCAGGUUUGCCGAGCAGUCACCCGUGUUAUUCAAACGCUAACAAAAAGGUGCCUGGUUUGUGGAGUGACGAAGCGCCGGGGAAAUCUAUAUUGGAGUUUAUUAGUCUAAGACCAAAAUGUUAUGGUUUUGAUUUGGAGGGUAAAGAAAAAAUUAAGGCUAAAGGGAUACGUGGUCAUGUUGUGAAAAAUCAUCUUACAGUCGAGGACCUGAAACGGUGUUUGUAUGCUGAAGCUACUUAUACACCAUACAGAGAAAAUGUGUCAAUCAGAUCAUUUCAACACCAAAUAUAUACCAUUAAGACCAUGAAAAUGACAUUAAACCGUUUAGAUGAUAAGCGGUUUAUAUCAGAAGACCGUAUUACUACCUACGCUCACGGUCAUUAUAAACUAGAGUAG